AGAUGCAAUUGAAUGUACAUGUAAAAAGUUCGAAUUUUAAGUGGCGGGAACAUUUCUGAGUUAUUUUACGUUCAAGCAAUUUUGUAUUUAUAUUUCGUGAAAUGUUAUUUAAUAAUUAUACUGAAUUAAGUUAAAAAAAAUCAUGAAGUGUGUCAUACCUGGGGCAAAUGUGAAAAGUAUAUCUAAAAUGAAUAUUUUACCUAGUUGUAGCAAAAGCUAUCCAUGCUUUAGCAAAGAUUGGAGAUGAAAUGUAUGUACAACCUCAACCAAAUAGCUUAUCCUUUCGUGCAGUUAAUAUGGCCAAUUCUGCAUACGCUGACUUUACUUUUUUUGAAAAUUACUUUUCGUAUUACAUAUUUGAUGAUCUUGAGGAGGACGAUGCUCUUAAAUGUAAAAUUUCUAUGAGGAGUGCUAUGACAGUCUUCAAAACAUCAAAUAUGAUAGAUAAACAGGUAGAAACCUGUCAUAUUGAGUUAAAACCAAAUGCAGAUUUUCUUUUUAUUACUUUAAAAUAUAAUAACAGCAUCAUAAAGAAACAUAUUUUGCCUAUCAUAGAUUGUGAAAAAUUACAGGCUGCAUAUAUCAAAGAUGAUGCAACUAAUCAGUUAUGCUCACAAUCUAAUAUACUUGGAGAUGCAAUACAAAAUUUUCAACAAAAUUUAAUUGAAAUCACUUUUGAAAUACUACCACAAAAAGUUUUGCUUAGGAAUUAUAUAGAUGAUACAUCUAAUAUAGCUAAUGUAACAAGAACACAGCUGGUACUAGGUAGAGGUGAAUUUGAUCGAUAUUCAGUUAAUACAGAGACAACAAUUACAUUUUGUAUGAAAGAAUUGAGAGCAAUUCUUAAUUUUGCUGAAUUUGUUAAAUUACCAAUUAGUAUAUAUUUAGAAAGUGCAGGAAGACCUGCUGUGUUUGUGUUAAAAAAUACAACUUUCGAAGCAAAUUUGGUAUUAUCUACUUUAAAUUCUGAUGUAGAUAGUCAAUCUGAGACAACUAUUACUUCUAAAGCAGCUAAGUAUGUACGAAAAAGGGCUACAGUUAAAAGAUCAACAAAACGAUCAUCUAAGUCUUUAAAUAGAUCAAAUGAUACAUCUUUUUCUAAUACUACGAUUACAUCGAAGCAAAAGGAAUCAAGUCACAUGAAAAUAGGGAAAGAAGUGAGAAAUAAUGAUACUCAUAUAUCUUCAAAAGAAUAUAAUCAAAAUGAAAUUCUAAUAGAUGCGAAUACGUCGACUACCGAUGACAUUUUCUCAAAACCUAGUGUAUCUAAUAAUGAAAAAAAAUUAGUAUGUAAUGUAUUUUCAAACAUAUUAAAAAGAAAAUCCAGUGAAGGUUGUACAAAAGAUCUGGAUAAUGCCGCUGGAGAAAAGGACAAUGAUAAUCUAGAAAAUACUGUGCCUAAAUCGCCAUCUCCUCCAUCUAAAAAAGCACGCUUUAUCUUUAGAAAAUGUUUUCAAGCAACGUUUGAUCCUCGAAUGUUGCCUGGUCAUGAUAUAAUUCUAGCUGAAGAUUCAGAUGAAAACAGUGAAUAACCUUGUUAUUUAUUUAAAAUAUUCUUAUGGAUUUCUUUUAAAAAAUAUUUAUUUGGAAAUUUGUUCAGAACUUAUUAAUUUAAUAUUGAUAUAAUUAAAUUCUUUCGUUAAAUAUACUAAGUGAAAAAAUAGUAAUUAAGAUGCAUAAUGAAGCAAAUAAAACUUACAAGUAGAGUUCUUGGUCUCACUAGACGCUACAAAAUGUUAAUUACUAAUUUUGUAUUAUAAUGUAUAUACGUAGUACCGAACUAAUUUUGUUUAUUAAUAAAUUAGAAAAGUGACAAUUUAUAAAAACGCGCAGAUAAUGUAAAAUAUACGAAUUAAAAAAAA